AAGUUGAAAAAGAUAAAAAGUUAAUAACUGCAAAAGCUCAUAAUAAAGACUAUAAAGCAACAAUAUUGUAUUCAAAAAAGAAGAAGUAUUAUACAAGAAAAAGUGCUACAAUAGGUGAAAUUCAGAGUGCUUUGUAUAUUGCAAAUAAAGUAGAAAGUAUAGAUAGUUCAAGCAAAUAUGAAUUUGAGGAAGAAGCUCUAAAAUAA